UGACCUGUCCCCGCAGGGAGAGGGUCCACGCGGGUCUCCGGGCGCUGCUACGCGCGGCAAAGUUUGACUGAGCGCGGCGGCCUCCGUGGGGUCCCCCGGGACCAGGGGUGCUGAGCGGGGCCCUGCGCUGGAGGAGCUCCCGGUCUCCUGAGGGGGACAAGACCCACCGGUGCUGCCAGAGAACGGGGGAAGAUCUUCUAGCCAGUGAGACUUGGGGGCGGGGGUGACAGCUGAGUUGGUGUUCUCCAUCAUUCGUUUAGUUAGUUCAGCGCGUUGAAACGCUCACUGUGUCCUAGGCAGAUACCGUGCUGUGCGCGGGGAUCACAGUUAUCUAGUUCCUCUCGCGAGGACUCCGAGGGACAGGCAGGGUGCUGCGGAGCGCACAGGAAAGGACCUGACCCUGUCGCAGGGAAGGAAGGUGAUGCUUGAGCUGAGCUCUGAGGAAUGACGAAGAAUGAGCUCGGCGAAGGGGGUGCUGGUGUUUGAUGCAGGGCUCACAGAUGGCCUGAUAUGAAGGAGUCACGCCUCCCACCUCCCGGAGCUGCCCUGUGGCUGCCUUGUCCUUCAAGUGCAGGAGCUGGUUCACGUGUCGGGAAUGGAAGCCAGUGUGACCAUACCAAUCUGGCAAAACAAGCCGCAUGGGGCUGCUCGAAGUGUAGUAAGAAGAAUUGGGACCAACCUACCCUUGAAGCCGUGUCCCCGGGCGUCCUUCGAGACCCUGCCCAACAUCUCUGACCUGUGUUUGAGAGAUGUGCCCCCAGUCCCUACCCUGGCUGACAUCGCCUGGAUUGCUGCAGAUGAAGAGGAGACAUAUGCCCGGGUCAGGAGUGAUACGCGCCCCCUGAGGCACACCUGGAAACCCAGCCCUCUGAUUGUCAUGCAGCGCAAUGCCUCCGUUCCCAACCUGCGUGGGUCCGAGGAGAGGCUUCUGGCCCUGAAGAAGCCAGCCCUGCCAGCCCUAAGCCGCACCACUGAGCUGCAGGAUGAGCUGAGCCACUUGCGCAGCCAGAUUGCAAAGAUAGUGGCAGCUGAUGCAGCUUCGGCUUCAUUAACGCCAGAUUUCUUAUCUCCAGGAAGUUCAAAUGUCUCUUCUCCCUUACCUUGUUUUGGAUCCUCAUUCCACUCUACAACUUCCUUUGUCAUUAGUGACAUCACCGAGGAGACAGAGGUGGAGGUCCCUGAGCUUCCAUCAGUCCCCCUGCUUUGUUCUGCCAGCCCUGAAUGUUGCAAACCAGAACACAAAGCUACCUGCAGUUCGUCUGAAGAGGAUGACUGCAUCUCUUUGUCCAAGGCCAGCAGCUUUGCAGACAUGAUGGGUAUCCUGAAGGACUUUCACCGAAUGAAACAGAGCCAAGAUCUGAACCGGAGUUCACUGAAGGAGGAAGACCCUGCUGUGCUUAUCUCUGAGGUCCUACGAAGGAAGUUUGCUCUAAAGGAAGAAGAUAUCAGUAGAAAAGGAAACUGACAACCCUCUGCUCUGCAAACUCAGUCUCAUGCUCCUGGAAUACCUUCAAUAGCUGCCUUCCUCACCACAGAUGUUUCUGCCUCUAAAGGAGAAAUCUUCUGCAACAGUUUUGCUGACAAGCUAGAGCUUGGACUGAAAGAGAAGAGCUGGAUUAUAUGUUUCCCAGACUUCAAACCCUAGCAGAAGCUAAGGCUUGUGAUUUGACCUGAGACAUUUGUUUCAGGUAAUUUUGUGUACAAUGAAGUAUCUCAGUUUAAAGGGUAAGAGAGAAAUUGUUUCUGGUUUUUCCUUGCUCCUGUGUGAAAACAGGUCCAAAAUGACUGACUGACUUCACUGCAUUAGACCCUAUAACUGGUCUCACAAGACACUUUGUGCCCAGCUGUCACUCACUCUCAGCAGCUUCCUUGCAGCAGAGCAGGGCUGAGGGGAAGGGGCUAUAAAUGUUUGUAUACAUGUUCACAGGGCAUGGAAAAUCUUAUGCUGCUCCAUCAUAAACGUACACCAAUGCCCAGCAAUCACCCUUCUCAUUUCCUUGUCUAGAUGUAGAGGUCAGGCUGCUGAACCAGCCAACACAUGGGCUACUGCUGGGAAGCCUGGGCUGUUUUUUUUCUUAAACACAUUUUAUAUUACUGAACAACCAAAUCUACCCUCCAUUGGCCCUGAGGCCUUAUCAGUUCCACUGAUUAAAAACUUUCUCUUUCACGGACUUUAAGCCCAGUAAGAAAGAGAAAGGAGGAGGGGGAAAGAGCAUACCAUCUUUCUUCCAGGCCCUUGACUGCUCCUUUGGGUUGGGCCAAGGUUUGUACCUACCACACCAUGCAUGACUCAGAUGCCCUCAGGUCCCUUUCUCUAUGGUAUGUAUACUGUGUGUGUUUGGGUUGAAGCACUACCUGACAUUAAAGGAAGGACUUGGAGAGAGAAUGCA